GAGAACAUCUUGUUUAGUACAAGCCUUUAGUCAUGGUGAGGUCAGAUGAUUUGAUGUAGAUAUUGGAUCAAGGUUUAGUGUGUCUCUGGCUUGAAUAACUUGUCAUGAAAGUCUCUAAUAAGUGAGGGUUAGAAAGAAGUUUUUGUUGCUGCUAUUCUGCAGAUAAAGGCCUGUGCCACAACUGAUCUGCCAAAAUGUAUUAUGAAAAAAUAACAUAGCAGAGAUGAAAUGGAGGUUGAAGUGAGUUACAGGGACAAACUGAAAUCUUGCUCUGCCCAACACAUAUCUGACAGUGCUGUAAUUCGUCGUUGAAGCCAUACAUUCAUAACAGUUUACACCAUCAAACAUUUCAUGUAGACUGAUUCUGUGUCUCAUAAACUCUAAGCACUGUGAAUUGAAACUACCAAACUACAUGGAGUUUACAAGUGGCUAACGCAUGGGUCAAAUGGUCUAUUUUCCUGAUAUUUAAUAAGAAGCAUUAUCACCAUUAUGAUGAACCGGGAGAAGUGGGUUAACCUCAGUCCUACAGAAUUUUCUCAACUUCAGAAGUAUGCAGAAUAUUCCACCAAGAAAAUUAAGGAUGUUCUGGAAGAAUUCCAUGGUAAUGGUGUGCUAGCAAAAUACAAUCCUGAAGGGAAACAAGACAUUCUUAAUCAAAUGAUUGAUAUAGAAGGUUUCAAGCUGUUCAUGAAGACUUUUCUGGAGGCAGAGCUGCCUGAUGAUUUCAGUGAACAUCUCUUUACAUCAUUCAGCAACAAAAUCUCCCAUUAUAGCCCAUUAGUAAAAAACAAACCCCAGCUCCUUCCAGGAGGUUUGAGAAUUAAUAAAAGUACCACCACAUCACGGACUGGUGCUCCUGCCAAUUUACAUGUACCAGAUGUAAUCCAGUUGAAAGACAUUGUUUGCUAUUUGUCUCUGCUUGAAAGAGGAAGACCAGAAGACAAACUAGAAUUUAUGUUUCGUUUGUAUGACACAGAUGGCAAUGGGUUCUUGGACAGUUCGGAAUUAGAAAAUAUCAUCACUCAAAUGAUGCAUGUUGCAGAAUAUCUUGAAUGGGAUGUCACUGAACUCAGUCCAAUCCUUCAUGAAAUGAUGGAAGAAAUUGACUAUGACCAUGAUGGCACAGUAUCUCUGGAGGAAUGGAUCCAGGGCGGAAUGACGACAAUCCCUCUCCUGGUGCUCCUUGGAUUAGAGAAUAAUGUGAAGGAUGACGGGCAGCAUGUAUGGAGACUGAAACACUUUAACAAGCCUGCCUACUGUAAUCUUUGCUUGAACAUGUUAAUAGGAGUAGGCAAGCAGGGUCUCUGCUGUUCCUUUUGCAAGUACACAGUCCAUGAACGCUGCGUCUCAAGAGCACCUGCUUCUUGUAUCAAAACAUAUGUGAAGUCCAAAAAGAACACCGAUGUAAUGCACCACUACUGGGUAGAAGGAAACUGUCCAACAAAAUGUGACAAGUGUCACAAAAAUAUAAAAUGUUACCAAGGCCUGACUGGACUUCAUUGUGUGUGGUGUCAGAUCACACUCCAUAAUAAAUGUGCUUCACAUCUAAAGCCUGAAUGUGACUGUGGCCCUUUAAAGGACCAUAUUUUACCACCCACAGCAAUCUGCCCAAUAGUAUUGACUCUACCCACUUUAGGAAUUUCACUCCCUGAGGAAAGACAAGCAACUGUGAAAAAGGAGAAAAGCUGCUCCCAACAAAUCAACAAAUUGGGAGAAAGGACCAAGAUGCAAAGAGCAAAUUCUGUUACUGUAGAUGGACAAGGUCUUCAGAUUACUCCGGUUCCAGGAACUCAUCCGCUUUUAGUUUUUGUCAACCCCAAAAGUGGUGGGAAACAAGGAGAAAGAAUUUACAGAAAAUUUCAGUACCUUUUAAAUCCUCGUCAAGUUUACAGUCUUGCUGGAAAUGGACCAAUGCCAGGAUUAAAUUUUUUCCGAGAUGUUCCUGACUUCCGGGUGCUGGCAUGUGGUGGAGAUGGAACAGUGGGUUGGAUUUUGGAUUGUAUAGAGAAAGCAAAUUUGCUUAAACAUCCUCCAGUUGCUAUUUUGCCUCUUGGGACUGGCAAUGAUUUAGCAAGGUGUCUGAGAUGGGGAGGAGGAUAUGAAGGUGAGAAUCUGAUGAAGAUCUUGAAAGACAUUGAGAACAGCACAGAGAUCCUCCUGGACAGAUGGAAAUUUGAAGUCAUACCCAAUGAUAAAGAUGAGAAAGGAGAUCCAGUGCCUUAUAGCAUCAUCAAUAAUUACUUUUCUAUUGGAGUGGAUGCUUCAAUUGCCCACAGAUUCCACAUCAUGCGAGAAAAGCAUCCAGAGAAGUUCAACAGUAGCCCUAGCCUAUUAACAAAGAUAAUGGAACACAGUUGCUGUUCUUGAGGAUUUGGAAGGAGAGCAGAAACAAUUGCUCCUGUGAACAAGUUCUACAAAUACUUUAGGAACUCCCUUCCUCUCCCUGUCUUGGCGUGACUGGAUGAGAAAACUUUAUCAGAAGACACCAGCCCAAUGCAGAAAACUGGUUGCAAACAUCUACUACCUGUCUCGUUGAUCCCGCCUGAUUGCUUUUUUUCCACAAAAGGAUAAUACUCCAUUG